AUGGUCUCAGGAUGUAAAAUGUUUAGCCGGGAAAACAGUAAAGGCAAUCUAAUCGAGAUAAUUUUGAUGGCAUAUAAACCCUGUGAUCGAAUUUUCGCAAAGGUUAAAGGUUUCCCUUAUUGGCCUGCACGUAUCAACGUCCUUCCCAAGGACGUGAAGAUUCCAAAGGGCAAAUAUCCUAUUUUUUUCUAUGGUACGCAUGAGGUCUACUUUUUAGCUCCCAAGGAUAUCUGCCCCUACGAACGUUGGAAACAUAAAUAUGCAGUUAGUAAAAAUCGUUCAUUGUUUCAAAAAGGCCUUGAGGAGAUAGAAAACGACCCAGAUGUAUUGCUCUAUGGAAGAGAUGCUGAUGCAGAGCAAUUCUUGUCACAAUUUUACGAGUUCAAACGCUCGGCCGUUGGUGGUCCUUCUUCCCUAGAUGAGGAGCUUCCAACUCUUACCGAAGCUUCCGCGGAUGAUGCGCCGAUGAGGAGUGUUUCAAAGAAUUCUGGUGUAUGUUCAAGGCGAUCCAGCAUCAAGCACACGAAUAAAGAGUCAGAGAAGCGGUUAUCUCGUAAUCAUGAAAGUACUGACGGUACUAAACAGGAGUCACUAUUGGAAGUGGAAAGUGGUGAAGUUAAUCCUAGUUCUACUGACGUGAUAUCGUCAACAAAUAAUGCUCCUGCAACCACAGCACUUGGCCGUCCGAUGCGUAAAUCGGCAAGUAGGUUUUCGGCCAUGAAGCUCCUUAAAGCUGGAAUGGCUUUUGCUGAUGACGAAGGCUCCAACGAGGACGCAGAUUGGCAUCCUACAAUCGCCCACACGAAUGAUGCGUCCGAUGACUAUGUACCCGCUGAGACUCCCUCCACUCCACUUAAAAGUCCCCAGUCUCCAAAGGAUGGCGUUUCUCAAAAGGGCUUAAGGAAACGGAAGGAUAAAUUGAAGCCGGUACCUUCCGAAAGGUUGAAGCGUCCAAUUUCACCCUCUUCGAAUGAGUCAUCUACAUCUACAGAUCCAGGGCGUCGCGAUAAUCGAAAACGCCUGUUUACGGGUGAACCACGACGAUGCAAGAAACGUAGCGUCCUGUUGCCUUCGCCUAUACACCGACGAGAGCGAUCUAGGAAAAUCGGCAUUUUUAGUGUUUCAAUGACUGCGGAAGAGUUAAACAAUCGUUUGAACCAACAGAAUGGGCAAAAGCAACUUGAAGAGCUGGGAACAGAGGCACGACUCCACAAGAUCGAUAUUGGAAUUAAGACAAGUCUUAUUCGAGGCCAAGAAGAUAUUCCUACCUGCCUUCAGCGGUUGGAGGCGCUUGACAAGAUGGAGCUCACUCUUCCCGUUCUCGUCAAAUGCAGCUGUUCGCGCUAUAAGCCUUCGAUGGAUGUGAGGAUUGCCGCCCUCAAGGUCUUUAACCGGUUUCUGAAAAUAAGGGAAAAUGCAUCAAAAGAAGAGAUGGAAGAAGCGCAUGCAGAGCUAAUUGCAAACAACAAGCAAUUGCUUACUUCGAGUUCCCAAAAAGGGCCCUCAUCUGUCGCUGAUAUCUUUCGGGAUGUGCAGAAGUCUCAGGCAAACAUGGUUCAGCAGAAACCACCUGUUUCUCAGCCGAAAUCCCCAAUCCAGCCUGCCAAACCCUCAUCGCCUCCUGCAAAUGCGACAUUACAGGCCUCAUCACAGCCUCCAGCCUCUCCUCCACCCGUGCCACAAUUGCCGACAAUCCCUUUUGACACUCCUGCCUCUCACUCCCCCGCUCCCCUGCAUGAUCAGUCUUCGGUCCCCAUUCAGGACGCCCCUGACUCUCCCACGCCAUCGAAUGCAUCUGACUCGGAGGGGUUGGCUCCCUCACUCGGUGAUUUGGAGGGUGGGGAGUCUAUGGAGAGUGGCGAGGAUUCCCUCCUUUCUCCAUCAAAUUCUCUCUUUAAAUCUCUUAAUGCGGAAGCUACUGUGGCUGCUGUUAAGCAGGUCUUUUUCCAGCGUACCAAGGACAAAAUGGCGGCGGCAACUUCAAGAACUCAACAAUCGUCUCUAUCACCACCAACUCAGUUGCCACCGUCGACAGUGACGUUGGAACCUGAUGCCUACUCAUCGCUUGGUGUCGAGUUAAAUCGACCACUACCACCUCAGGCGCAGGAAGUAGGAAUUCGACGAGUGGAUCCUCGUCGCUCACCGGGAAACCGACGUCGUCUAGGCAGAGAGCGAGCUCGCAGUCCGCACGCCUUACCACAUCCACUGGAGCAUUAUCAAAAGUUUUUGCGCAACGGGGAGGCCCACUUGCCACAGCCAACGCGAUCAUCUCCGCCUCCGGUUCCACCGUCGCCGUAUGCUCGUGCGGCUACAGACGACUUGGACACACGAAUUGCGCGUCUGUUAGAAGCUGCGGCUCCUCAGCCCCACCAGCGACAGGAAUUUCACCCUCCUGAUAUUUUAUCCCCGCCGCCUCCACCUCCACCUCCUCUGCCGCCCUCCCAGAAUCUCAUUUUAUCACACAGGCCUCCGCCAUUACCACUGCACCCACCCCUCAUUCCUACGGCGGCCUCACCUGCCUACACCCCCGCUUCGCCCGUUCUGGAUGGCGCUAAUGAUGGACAAUACUUCGAUCUGCUCAACAUGUGGCCCUUGCAACAAAGCCAUGGUUCUGAUGAGGCUCAAAUGAUGGUCUCUGAGCCGCGGAGGGCCACUCCGCAGCGUCCGUUGGAUGUAGGUGAUACGACUCGUGGUUGUAUAGUUAAGAUAGAAGCGAUAGAGAUAUGCGCAAAACCUGUGGAGAAUGUUGAAAACCGAGUCGGAGUCUGGAUCCGGGUGGCAAGCGGAGCCAAUUCUCCUGCGGUGCAUCUGUGCGCGAUGUGA